AUGAGUAAUAAUGAAGUAAUAAAAAAUACUGAAGUAAUGAGUAAUAAUGAAGUAAUAAAAAAUACUGAAGUAAUGAGUAAUACUGAAGUAAUAAAAAAUACUGAAGUAAUGAGUAAUACUGAAGUAAUAAGUAAUACUGAAGUAAUAAGAAAUACUGAAGUAAUAAGUAAUACUGAAGUAAUGAGUAAUACUGAAGUAAUAAAAAAUACUGAAGUAAUGAGUAAUACUGAAGUAAUAAGUAAUACUGAAGUAAUAAGAAAUACUGAAGUAAUAAGAAAUACUGAAGUAAUAAGAAAUACUGAAGUAAUAAGAAAUACUGAAGUAAUAAGUAAUACUGAAGUAAUGAGUAAUAACGAAGUAAUAAAAAAUACUGAAGUAAUGAGUAAUAACGAAGUAAUAAAAAAUACUGAAGUAAUGAGUAAUACUGAAGUAAUAAGUAAUACUGAAGUAAUAAGAAAUACUGAAGUAAUAAGAAAUACUGAAGUAAUAAGAAAUACUGAAGUAAUAAGAAAUACUGAAGUAAUAAGUAAUACUGAAGUAAUGAGUAAUAACGAAGUAAUAAAAAAUACUGAAGUAAUGAGUAAUAACGAAGUAAUAAAAAAUACUGAAGUAAUGAUAAUAAAAAAUACUGAAGUAAUGAGUAAUACUGAAGUAAUAAGUAAUACUGAAGUAAUAAGUAAUACUGAAGUAAUGAGUAAUAACGAAGUAAUAAAAAAUACUGAAGUAAUGAGUAAUAACGAAGUAAUAAAAAAUACUGAAGUAAUGAGUAAUACUGAAGUAAUAAGAAAUACUGAAGUAAUAAGAAAUACUGAAGUAAUAAGUAAUACUGAAGUAAUGAGUAAUAAUGGAGUAAUGAGUAUACGAAAUGUGGCGAUGUUGUUGGAAUUAUGUGUGUAA